CAAAAAUGGGGUGCAAAUUCCCCGCCAGUAAUUUUCCUUUUCCUUUCUGAUGUCUAAAUCAACUUACAGAAGUCAAUAUUUGUCUUCAUCAGAUCCUCUAUAUAAUUGACGAGAUAAAUGGGACUUCUUACAUAAUCAAAAAGGCAACUGAAAAACAUUCCCUCGGAAAAAUCAUUUCUCACUUUAAAAACCAUGAUUUCUCAUUCAAGAAUUUUGCUAAUCAUGUUGCUUGGGGCAAUGUUAAUGUAAACAAUGACCGAAUUAGCAUUGCAGCGCUGGGGCAUUUCAGGUUGUCAAACCAGAUGUGGAGAUAUCGAUGUCCCCUUUCCAUUUGGCUUUGGUCCAAAUUGCAGUCUUGAUGAAUCCUUCUUUAUUACUUGCAACGAAAGUUACAACCCUCCCAAGCCAUAUCUAAACUUGGGCGAAAUUGAAGUUAUUGACAUAUCACUUCUUGGCCAAAUGAGCAUUGCAGCUUCAGUGGCUAGUGAUUGUUAUGACAAAUCUGGCUCCCCAGUCAAUGGCAGCAUCUCAGAGCUCGCCUUAUCCGAAUUCCAUAUUUCAAGUACACAAAACGAGUUCACUGUCAUUGGGUGUGACACUCAUGCAUAUCUUCAAAGCUCCGAUAAAUGGAAGCAAAGGAGUGUCGGAUGUGUAUCUUUGUGUGGUGAUAUCAAAGACGUGGUUAAUGGAUCCUGUUCUGGCAUUGGUUGCUGUCAGUCUUCGAUUUCUAAGGGACUUAAGGACUUUUCGAUUGAUAUUACAAGUUUUCAAAAUCACUCUAGGGUGGAAACUUUCAAUCCAUGUGGCUAUGCUUUUGUGGUUGAAGCAGAGGCUUUUAAGUUCUCGUCUUUGGAUCUCAAGGACUUACAGAAGCAGAAGACUGUUCCAGUUGUGCUCGACUGGUCGAUAGGAAAUGUCACAUGCCAAGUGGCUCAAAAAAACCUUUCAACCUCUGCUUGUGGAGCUAUGCAUAGCCAAUGCAUUGAUUCAAGCAAUGGACUCGGUUAUCAUUGCAGUUGUUCAACAGGAUUUGAAGGGAAUCCUUAUCUCGUCGAUGGUUGUCAUGGUAAUAAUAAUUUUUGCACAAUUUUGUUUUGUUAUCGGUAUAUUUGUUGUUACUAUGUGCUUACAAAUAGAUUGGGCUUCGUUCCAGAUAUUGAUGAGUGCAUUUCAACACCUUGCGAAGGAACCUGCAUAAAUACGCUGGGAAGCUAUUUAUGUUCUUGCCCAACGGGGUUUGAAGAUGAUGGAAGGAAAGAUGGCACGGGUUGUCAUCCCAAACAUCAAACUAAGAUCCCUAACUUGAUGUAUAUUGCUUCUGGUCUCAUUUUUCCUGCUGUUGGAAGUUCUUGGAUAUUUUGGGUAAGCAAGAAAAAUAAAGUCAUUAAACUAAGACACAAGUAUUUCAUGGAAAAUGGUGGGUUAAUUUUACAAAAAAUGCUAUCUGGUUUGGAAGGACUUGAAAUUUUUACAGCAGAAGAUCUCAAAAGGGCAACAAACAACUACGAUGAAACUACAGUAGUUACCGGAGAUAGAUACUAUAAACCCAUGGUAUACGAAGGAACAUUACCAGACAAUGGAAAGAACAAACUUUUCUUUAUACUGAGGUAUAGAACAGUUGAUUCGAUCUACAUUCAUAAUUUCAUUAGUAAAUUGAUCAAAAUUUCUCGCGUAAAGUACAGGAAUGUGGUACGGUUGAUUGGUUGUUGUUUGGAGACACCAGACCCGUUUCUAGUUUACGAGCUUUUCGCUGGUAAGACGUUUACAAUUCUAUUCGUGAUCAAGUAAAUUUUCUUUCAUGGGACCGUCUUCUCCAGAUAGCCUUUGACACGACUAGAUCUGUUGCAUUCUUGCAUUCUAACUGUGGGGUUGCUCAUGGAGACAUCACAAGCUUGAGCAUAGUACUAAAUUCUGUUUACAACGUAAAAGGUUCAUUGCCUUUACUCAGUGAAUGGUCGGAUACAUAUGGCUACUGGAAUACUGAAAAGUUAAAUACAUGGAAGAAGUUGACAGAAGAAAGUGAUGUAUAUAGUUUUGGAGUUGUACUCGCAGAGCUAUUGACAGGAGAUACGGUGAUAAAUUUUCGAGAAGCGGACUAUUUUUUUCUGCAAUCAGAGAAGAUCGCCUACCUGAAAUUCUUCCACCUCGUUUGGUCAGCGAGGCUAAUAUUGAGCAGCUGAAACACGUUGCUAUGCUUGCAGAGAGGUGCUUACGACACAUCUGGGGAGACACCAAAAAUGGAGGAAGUGGCAAUGGAGCUAAAAGUUGUUUUAAGUACGCUUUAGCUCGGUAAAGAUAGAGCGCAACUCAAUCUUAGCACUCAAACUGGUAAAUCUUGCUCCACUUAUCAAAGCCAAAAUCAAGAAAUAAUGAACUAAAUUAAUGUUAGUGCAUUUUCUUAUGUACCAUUAGCAACUUUGAGAACAAAUGAGUAAGUAAAUAGAUGGUCAAGACAAAAAAGAUAGCAGUUACUAACCUUCUCUGGCAUGCCGUAGAACAUUAAAUGAAACAGUGAAAUGCUGUGGUCCUUGAGAUACAUAAGACCAAUUGCUUUAGGCUGUAUUCUUGACAAAAUGAUAAGAUUUUAUUUGUUAUUUGCCUUAAUGAUUAGGAUAUAUGUAACUUGAAUAUGCUGGCCAACAAUAUAGAUAAUGUUGAAAUGUCAUGGAAAAUACAUUAUUAC